CUACCAGCCCUGAAGGGAAGGACACACACGAUUUGAUUGACACAGAGAUUGCAAUUGUAUGCUUGGACAGUGAGCGCACCUGCUCCGUCACGCCGAGCCUCGCCGCCUCCACCACGUAGUAAUACUUCGGGAACUCAGGCGAGCCGGGCCCAAAGAGGGGUUUCUGCAUGACAGUCGACAGCAGGCGAACAGGCAGAUGAGCAGGUCCACUGGACGUGGUGCGAAGUAUGCUUACGCCUAUGAAGUCGUAUUGCUCUUCUGGGGCGACCUUGCUCCAGGCGGUGGUGCGGGGCUCUGAAUCAUGCAUGUGUACAAGUAUGAGGCCACCGCCUGGCUGCAUUGCUGUGUGCUGACUCACCACGUAGAUGUUGUGGUCGUACUGCCACCGCCUGCCCUCGUGGCCCACCACACCAUAGGCCUCGUUGAUGGCCUGGGCCUCUUUGGUGGAGGUGGCGGCGUGGGCGGGCUGGCCGUGCUGCUGCUGCUUGUCCGGGUGGCACCUCUGCAAACACACACAUGAAGAAACAAAGAGAGGGAGAGAGACAGAGAGAGAGAGAGGCAGGCAGACAGAGAGACAGACAGACAAUAGCUCAUGGAGAUUCAACUACGUUGAGAGACGCUGCACUGACUGUCACAGUGACUGACCUGCAGGAGUGCGUCUCGCGCCUUUUUGAUGUCCGCCGGGGUAGCGGCCGGGACGGCGCCCAGCGUCGCAUAGUACCCUUUUGGGUCGCUCACGCUCACUGCGGCCAU